AUUAUCAUUCCAAAAUGGCGGCAAUAAGAGGUAGCAGUUACUUUGACAAACUCGUCUUUUGUGAGAUUAUUGAAGGAAGCAUUGAAGAGUAAUAAUGCCAACUGUAGAUAAUACAGGGAAAUACAGCGUGGAAAGCAAGAAAGCUGGAAUUAGUGAUGGGAUAACAUUCCCAACUCAGGAAAGUCAAACUGUCAACCGCAGUGCAGCAAAAGCCAAAAAAUCACUCUCAGAACGUUCGGCAUUUAGCGAAAAUGAUCUGAAGGGAAGAUUGGCUGCAAGCGAGCAAGGAAAUACUAUAAAAGAUGGAAUUGUCACUCGUCAUUCGGAGAGUAAAAUUCACCUAGCAAAGUUGGAUGUUCCAUUUUUUGAUGACUCUAGAUCAGAGGCAAGUGGUGGAUCAGGUUUGGCGAUUUUACCGUCCUUGGAUGGAAGAAGUUUGCCUUCACAAGACAGUGGAAGAGAAAUUCUUCCCAUCGUAUCAACUGUUGGGGGUAAAAAUGAGCACAGCUUUGACCAAGACGAAAAAGGUAGUCAUACAAUGCGGUUGAUGUCAGUAAACAAGAUUCAUUGUACCUAGAACGGAAAAUGUUAAUAACAAAAUUAAUAGUAAUAAUAAUAAUGAUGAUAAUAAUGAUAUCUACCCUGCGAGCAAGCACCCCUUCUGCCCCCUCCCGAGAAAAAAUAGACUUUAUGAUGUGGUUGUCAGUGGUGUUCAAUAAUAAGGAAGGAAAAAUAUUAUUGUUCUCUUCUAGACAUAGUUCCUUCCCUUCCUGAAGGAUGGCCACAGUUUAAAAGCAGAUUGUGGCGCCGUAGAAGCUGUGAGCUUGUCAAGAGCUCUUCUUCAUGUGUACGAAAGGCAGUUUCUCAUCUGCAUCAGUUGCAGGACCUGGUUGAUUUAUUUUACAAGACCGAACACUUUGAUGAGGAUGAAAGAUUAAGCAAGCAAAGAUUCAGUGCAGUAUCAGGUGCUGUAACACUUAUAAUUAAAUUAUAUGUUGCCUCAGUUAUAACAAAAUAGCAAGAUUAAAAUGGUUGGAUGACACCCCAUAGAAUUGUUUUGACAAAUGGUGCGGGUGGAAUUUGAACCAUGGAUAAAUAUUACUAGUAAUCCUUCAUCCUUUUUUAUGAUCUUUCUUUUUUAGGCAAACAAAGUUUUUAAAUAUUCUUUUGCUGGGAAAGGCGCUAUUUAUUAUGUAGACAUAGCAACAGUGAUCUUUUCGCGGAAGAUAACAUGUUAUAAUUCACAUGUGGAUGAUAUCAUGUUUUCACUCAGAAGCUCAUUUUGUAUUUCAUUGAUGUUUAUAUUAAUUUAUUUUUUAUUUUCCUUUGAUAUUGGCUUGAACCCCAAGAUACUUAGCCUGUGUCGCAAACAUAAUUUAAUGCUGGUCAGUAACGACUGCAAAGCAGCGCCAAUAUACUUGUUCUGGGGCCCCCAAUUGACUCAAUGAAUAAUUUGAAAUACAUUUUUAAUUUCUUUUCAUCAUGAUUAGCAAAUCAGCGAUGGCUUUUUUAACAGGCCAGUCAUGGCACUUAGUCAAAUCUUGGUACACUGGUUUGAACAAGAACAAGGAUAAUGACCAGAGUUUAGUUUCAUCUGUGGUGCAGGCUCCAAAAUAAGUGUAUAUGUGCUGGUUAAAUAUUGUAAGGGUCUUAAAGAAUUCUUGCUAGCAAAAGACUGUAAGAAAAAAUCUAAAACUGAGAGAAGUACAGCUGUGCAUGUAUCAGCACUGAUGGUGUGUUUGCCUAUUGAUUUAGAGGGUAAGAGUACAAGACAAGUUGAGCAGAUUCUAGAAAGUCAAGGCGUUACUGAAGAGUCAAGCCAAUUGUCCUCAGCUAGCAGCCAUGGAAGACGAAUUCGGUGGCUUCUAAGUUCUGCAUCUCUUGGUAACAUUGAAGAAGAAGCUGAUUCAGUUAGAGUGGAGUCUUCUGCCAGUGGGGCAACAUUAGAGGUUAGCAUCCAUAUUAAAUAUGAUAAAUUUAUCUUAACAUUAUCUAUUCUAACAUUCAAAUACAUGUAAUAUUUACAAUGCACCUUUGUUGUUAAACUCUUCUAUAGCUGCAGGGUUGUCUACUUUACAAGUGCACCAGAAAUUUUGUAAUAUUGAGAUUUGUCAUCCAAAGAAAUAUCUUUUUUUGGUAAAAUGUCUGAUGCUUAUUUUAGUGAUCAUUCUCUUGUUUUCUUCUGAUUUUAUGGAAGAAGGAAAAAAAUAAAAAGCUGUACAGGAAGUACCAUGCAAAAAAAAAAAAGAAACAGCAACUGCUGACAGAGUGGGAAAAGUUUAAAUUUGACAAGGAUUCUUGGAAGCAGGAAAUUCCAGAAGGGAUGAACGAAAGCCACCUAGAGACAGCCAUGGAGUUAUGCCUAAAAUGGUCUCCCUCAAAGCCGCCUACAGCACUGUGUUCCCUGCCCUUGCAAACAUGAAUAAUAAUAAUAAUAAUAAUAAUAAUAAUAAUAAUAAUAAUAAUAAUAAUAAUAAUAAUAAUAAUAAUAAGAGUAUCGGAAUUUAAUAAUAUUCUAAAUUGGCUUGUUAAGUAGAGAGAUUCAUAUCAUCAUGUAUUUUAGGAUCGUAUUAGGUUUCGUAUCGACCUUUUUUUACUUCUAAGUAUAGCUUCUCAAGUGGUGUAGGUUAUGCUAUGCGCCCUAUACUACUCAUAAUGUGGACAGCAUUCCAAAGUUUCAUACUGCGACAUAAUAAUAAUAAUAACUUUAUUAAUCUCCUCAAAAAGGCCUUUCUGCUUAAUUCACAAUGUCAAAUAUCGAAAACUUAGUUUUCCAAAAAUACCCUAAAAAAUGCUGUUUUAUUUUUACUUUAAAUACAUCUAAAUUAGUGAUGGACUGAAAAUCGUCUGGGAGACUAUUCCGAUCUGGUUUUAAACUUCUGACAAAGAUAUGGAGGUGCAAGUCCAUUUCAACAUUUAAAUACCAUGGUGGCAUCCCUAACCGCAAGUUGUUUAAUAAUUGGCAGCCACUGUAACUGCUUAAGAAUAGGUGUAACAUGAUCAAACUUCCUCGUUCCAGAAACUAUCCGGGCUGCAAACUUUUGCACUGUUUGUAACAUUGCUGAAGUUUGCUUGUCAAUGCCAGUGUCCAAUGCAUGGCCAGAAAGAGGUUGCAGUGCCCUAAAACAUAUCAAGACCAGGCUGAGGAUCACUGCCACAAAGCGGCUUUAAAUUAAGAGAAAUGUCCUAUUGUACCAACCCUCCACAAUGAUUCUUCAUUAAUUUGUGGUUCAAUUUAACAAUUCAUAGUUUUGAAGACAAGGGCAAUUUUGCUGUUUAUGAUAAAGAUUGUCAAAAUGUUUUAACUCCAUGCUAGCAUGCCAGGCAUGCGAUCCGCUGAAUAUCAGACAAUGGUCCCACUAAAAUUUCUCAUGUCAGUGAAGGGGUGCAUACAAGAUAGCGUGAAGAGACGAUUUGGUCAAUAUUUAGAUUUUUAAAGAUACAUGGUGGAUUAUGCGUAAGUGUGCUUUAUCACGCAGCAAAAUUUUCAGUCUAAAAACUCAAAAUUUUUGACCAUAUAGAUCACAAUAUAUUUGUGUGCAGGAAAUAAUUCCUGCGAAACUUUUGCUGCAAAAAUUGUGAAUAUUGAUAUUGAAAUUUGGGUGCUCUCCUGCAGCAGAUUGCCACUUUAUUCUGUGGAGGACUGAGAGAAAUUGUGUCGUGUACAUGUAAUUAUAUGGAAAAGUCCAUUUGUACGGAAAAUUUAUGGCAGAUUUUGCAAAGUUUGCUGAGCCAUUUUCACGACAAUGUAAAUUGAUCCAUUUAAUCAGAUCCGGGCUCCAUGCUGUGCGUGAUGAUCAACAUACAUAAUUAUGCAAAUGCCUACCUUGGACAAUCAACAAAUCAAAAUCACUACCCAGUUUUCGGGCAGUGAUGUCACUGGACAACAUUAACAUCCAGUUGAUUCAGACAUUACUGAGGAAGUAAAAACGACUCGAAGUAAUCAUCUGAAAUUCAGGGUAACACUGUAGUGUAUUCACUUCAAAAAAAAUGAUUUUAUUAUUUGCUGAUGUAGGUUCGAGGCAAAAGUGCUGGAACUAUUGUAAGUAAAGUUUCAACUCCCAAGACUGUAAAAGCCACUGAGGCUCUUCCAAAGGGUUAUGAUAUCAUAGAGGAGGUCAUAACAUUACUUGGAAGGAUGGAAUGUGACAGGAUUGCUACCCAAGAAGCUUUGAUAAAAGAGAGAGAAAGAGUGCUCUUUUUACGAAAUGAGAUUGACACACUAGCAUACAAGAGAAUGUAUGAUCUUCCAUUGGCUGUGCAAAAAGGUAGGUCUAAAAAAGUUCCUCUUUCAAGAAGUUUCAACUCAGAAACUAUGUAGUCUUGUAGUAACUAGAACCAGUACGGGCACAUUUGCAAUAAGCAACUAUUCCUUAGUCUAAAUUACAGUAUAUGACCAUGGUAAAGAAGCAACCAUUGGUUUGAAAAAUGAUAAGUGUUUCUCUUUAUUUCAGUGACUAUUAUCAUGUGUCACUUGUAAAUUGAGUGGGUUUUUUUUAUGUUUUAUUAUAAGAAACAAUUGUGGCUUAAAAUAAUUCCCACUACCACUGUACAAUGUUAAAGCAGAUUAGUGUCAGCAAUGGUACUCAAUAUUGAGCACUGAUAUAAUUUUGUUACUUGUACCAUCAUGUGAUUAGUGGAUUGUACUGUGUAACAACUCUUUCACUCUGUUCAUUGAUUUGACAGAACAUGAGGCAUGUGCCAUUGACAUCAAUGAACUCAGAUGGCAUUGUGCUUACCAAGGUAGAAUUGAGGCCAGGAUAAGUGAAAGAGUUCAUCAAGCAGGUACAUCACAAAGAAUUUGUUGUUGUUGUUAUUGAUGAUGAUUUUUUUUCUACUGUUAUGAAAUAUUUUAACUUGAUUUUUUCUUUAGUUGUUAGAAAAAGGCAUGCAGAGCAUAAAUGCCUACAGCUACAUGUUAGUUCUGGUUGCUAGUCAACUUGUCUUGUCUGACAAAAUAUCCUUCAUGUUUUCUGCAUGUUUUUCACAAUUUCAACUGU